AUGGUGUGUGAGCUUAUAUUCAAGCUAGUGAAGAAAGACUCACUGACAAAGUUGACUGAAGAGUGUCAGACUGCUUUUGAUGCUAUUAAGAACUAUUUAUCCAGUCCACCUAUAUUUGUUCCUCUGCGAGAAGGGAAUCUUUUGUUGUUGUAUUUGUUUGUCUUAGAUAGUGCAUUCGGAUGCAUACUUGGUCUACAAGACGAGACUAGAAACAAGGAAAGGGAUAUCUCUCAUAUAAGCAUGAAGUUUACUCCAUACGAGUCUCGUUACACUCUGUUGGAAAGAAUGUGUUGUUGGAGAGUAUUCUUUGAUGGAGCGGCGAAUCAUCAAGGGAAAGGCAUCAGAGCGGUCUUAGUGUCACAAUCUGGUCAGCACUAUCUCAUGGCAGCUAAGCUCCAAUUUAAUUGCACGAACAACAUGGAUAAGUAUGAAGCUUGUGUUCUUGGUUUGAAAAUGGUCAUUGACAUGAAUGUUCAUGAGUUUCUUGUUAUUGGAGAUUCAGACUUGUUGAUUCAUUAA